AUGGGCGACAAGGCUAUUAUUACAGAAGUCCUUGAGGCUUCGAAGCUCACCGAUGCCUACACCGAUAUGACUCCAAAGACGCUUAUCAAGGAAAUUCGACAUGUCGGUGAUGAUUGGACGGUUCGCUAUUCAGAUCUCGACGAUCGUAGAGUGCUCGGCGAGCCGUCGGACCAAACGAACAGCUAUGAGGAAGAAAAGACAUUCACGGUUGACGAUGCGGUCGAAGCUCUUGGAUUUGGCAAAUUCCAAAUCAAAUUGUCGAUUCUCACCGGACUCGCAUGGAUGGCUGACGCGAUGGAAAUGAUGCUUCUAUCAAUCAUUUCGCCCGCGCUCGCGUGCGAAUGGAACAUAACACCAGUGCAGCAGGCAUUGGUGACAACGUGCGUGUUCAGCGGAAUGAUGAUGUCAAGCACAUUUUGGGGAAAAUUCUGCGAUCGAGUUGGUCGGCGAAAUGGACUGACGUUUUCGACAAUUCUGGCGUGUUUCAUGGGCAUGUUCUCCGGCCUUUCGCCCAAUUUGUACACGUUCUUGAUGAUGCGCUGCUUCACCGGCUUCGGCAUCGGCGGUGUGCCGCAAUCGGUUGUGCUUUAUGCCGAAUUUCUGCCCAGCUCGCAUCGUGCGAAAUGCGUGGUCCUCAUCGAAUCAUUCUGGGCAAUCGGCGCCGUGUUCGAGGCGAUCCUCGCUUACUUCAUAAUGGAGACAUGGGGUUGGCGAGCUCUAAUCUUCUGCUCAUCCCUUCCGCUCGGCCUCUUCGCUUGCCUAUCAUUUUGGCUGCCGGAAUCCGCGCGUUUCGAACUAUCCGCCGGAUCGCCGGAAAACGCAAUGGAAACCCUAUUGUUUGCGGCGAAAGAGAACCGAGUGCAACUUCCUGCCGGAAAACUCGUGUCGACACCAAAAACCGAUGACAAUCGAGGAUCAGUAUCGAAUCUUCUCUUCAGUCGUCUGAGAACCACCACAAUUCUCCUAUGGGUGAUUUGGUCGAUCACCGCAUUCGCCUAUUAUGGAAUGGUUCUGUUCACAACGGUUUUGUUUCAAUCUCACGACGAAUGCCAUGGUGGAAUAUCAUCGAAUUCGACGGAAAUCGACACGUGCCAACCACUUACUAGAUCCGACUAUUUGGACCUUCUUCAAACCACUUUUGCCGAAUUUCCUGGACUCGUCAUUACCGUGUUCAUCAUCGAAUGGAUUGGAAGGAAAAAGACGAUGGCUCUAGAGUUUGCCGUCUUCGCCAUUUUCACAUUCCUUCUUUUCCUGUGCUUGGAUCGAGUGACUGUAACUGUGAUGAUAUUUGUGGCGCGCGCAUUCAUUUCCGGCGCGUUCCAAUGCGCCUACGUCUACACGCCCGAAGUGUACCCGACGACAUUGCGAGCCGUCGGUCUCGGAACGUGUUCGGCGAUGGCGCGAAUCGGCGCAAUCAUCACACCAUUUGUCGCGCAGGUGGCGUCGGGACAUAGUUUGUCGUUGCCGAUUGGAAUUUACGGCGCCGCCGCUGUCGUCGGAUUGAUUGCGUCGCUGAGUCUUCCAAUCGAGACCAAAGGUCGACAAAUGAUGGAUUCGCACUAA